AUGAAGAAAUUCAGCGCACUAAAAACCUUUACAUUCCUCUUCAUACUACCUUUUCUCUUUGCAAAUGUCUCCGGGGGGAUCCCUGGUUUGGCUGGUUUGGCAGAAGCAGCUGAAUCAGUAUUCAAAAGCAAAAUCUCCCCCUUUCUUAUACGCACAAUUCCAGGCAAAUCGAAGCUCGACAAAGCUCUAUUUCUUAAAGAGAAACUCGAGAAAAUAAACGAUGUGAAUGACUACUUAGAGCAAUACGGCUACUUAGACUCUUUCACCUCCAAUUCAGAUUCCAUUGAUGAAUCUUCAUUGAUCCAAUUUCAGAAAUAUUUUAAUCUCACUCCUACAGGUCAGUUUGAUCGAAGUACAUAUAACAUCCUCACAAAGCCACGUUGCGGUGUUGCUGAUAUCGUCAACGAAACCACGUCGUUCAAACCAUGGUGGACGGGGAAAGAAUUAAAAUACGGUUUUCACCCGAUGAAUCAUGUUAAAGACAAUCUUAAGUCUUUGUUUCAAGACGCGUUUAACCGUUGGUCAAAUGUAACAGGGCUGAACUUCACAGAGACGAUGGUAUUUAAGGAUUCGGAUAUUCGUAUAGCGUUUUUGAAAUUUGAUGGAGAAGGAGGAAGGGUUGGAGGAACUUUUAUUAACAACAAUUCUCAUUUUGGGGUUAUGUUUUUUGAUUUAGAAGAACAAUGGGUGUUGUCGAGUAAGAGUGUUGUUAUUAAGGAGGGUGGUGUGGAUUUGGAAUCAUUUGUUAUGCAUCAAAUUGGUCAUUUGUUAGGGUUGGAACAUUCUUCUGUAGAAGAGGCUGUUAUGUAUCCGAUUGUGUUGCCAAAACAGAAGAUUGAGUUGGUGAAUGACGAUGAUUUGCAGAAGAUUCAGCAAAUAUAUGCUGUAAAAAAUGUCAAAAAUAAUGCAUCAGAUUCGACUGUAAAAAAUAAUGCAUCAGAUUCAAGUUGGUUAGUGGUCUUUUGGCCAUUAGGUUUCUUUGGGUUUGUUGUAUGUUUCUUGGGUUUACUGUGA